AUGUCUAACCUCUUCAGCGCAGACAACUCUCUCGAUGCCAAAAGACAGGCAGCGAAGGCGAGUCUAAUCGCCCGCAGACAAGCUCGAGCACCCUCCGUAUUCCCUCAGCCAACACUCAUCCCCUUCCCAUCAUCCAUCACGCCUUGGCGAUCCAAGCCUGCGAGCAUCGGUGCGUCAAGCGACGCGGGAUGGGGCGGUGGAUGGACAGGCAUCGUGGCGCAGAGAGAUCCAGCAGUGGAGUUGAGGGAUGGCGAGGAGUGGGCGGUGGAGAAGGGCGGCGAGAUUGUGAAGAUCGCCCAUAUCGAUGCCGACAGCGGAGACCGCUUGGCAGGGUGGGUCGAGGACCAUCUUCCGGACGGCCAUUCCGAUGCUCCGAGUCGGUACCUGGGUGUCAGCAACACGUCCAUAUCUGUCCGGUGCCGCUCAUCUCUCCCGGCCGAGCUCAAACCGCAAGACUAUGACCUGGCGGUAGCACGCCAUUUCCUAUCAUGCGGCAUAGUUGCGAAAGACCAGCUGGUUCUCAACUUUGCGGGAUGCAAGCUCCAACUCUCGUUAGCAUGGAGGCUGCACGAGCCUCGAGGCAAACGUAUCGUCACGCACGAUCUGCCGCGACCCGACCAUACCCCCCAAGACGUCGGUAUGCCCCUGGCCCCGCUCCCAGCGGCUCUACCUUUUCGCUUCCUCCCCCCGCAUGUCGCGAUCCGCCGCUACGGGCCGAGACAAACGCCGGCCGACUACCUAUCCGAGCAGACGCUGCUCACCAACGAGGAGGGGUUACCAUCACCCCGCAGCACGGUCCACCCCGACACUCAGAUCCGGCUCGGAGCAGACGGUCGUCCCUCAUCAGCCUAA